AUGGAUGCCUUAGGUCUCCAGCCGAAGUCAAGGACCAGUGGGAGAUUGCAGACAACACCAGGCGAAGAAUCUCCAGCGGACAGAGUUAAGGGGAACAGCAAGCAACCGAUUCAACCGGCUUCAAGUGUCGCACUGGUCACCCCAAUCCCCACUUUCCGUCGUUUAUUCGAUUCCUUUGACGAGCAAAUGGCAGCCCGUCUCGACCUGAGCCACAUAGUAUCGAAGGCCACAGAGACGGGCGGUGGCGUAGAAGAUUAUCAAUAUGCCUGGGUCAUCACUGCGCGAGUUCCGCCUGGUGCCUAUCAGUGGAUCGGCCCACAUGCAGUUGUGAGACAUGCGGUCACUUCAGAAGUAGAGUGGGGCAUUGGAGACUAG